CAGUGACAGUGAGCGGGUCCCGUGAAUGAUGAUGGUCGGUGCGGCGCUGACAUGCGCAGUGCGCGGAUGCUGUUCGCUGGAUGUGUGUGUCCCUCCGCUGAUUUCAUCUCACACACGCGCUCCUCUCCUCCAUCCUUCAGGAUCUUCCUCCGGAGCGGCGGCGGGGCUUUACGUGUUAUCAACACCUCAACAAAAAACUGAUUGAUUCUCCCCGUGAAGUCGGCAGUAACCAUCCAGAAAUCUCCUUCAGCUGAAAGUAGAACGCCCGGAUCUGAUAGAGCUUAAUAUAACCGGAGGCCAAACACGAGAGCCGUAAUGCAUUCAGAGAACCCAGCUUUUGGACUCCAAAGCCAAUGAGACACCAGUGAAACUUACAAAGCCAGAAACACCACAAUCAUCGAGUGUUGAUACAGAAUGGCAGAUCUGCCUUCUUGACGAGUCAUGAUGCAUAACUAUGCACGGUCUAUUGAUGUACCUACAUAGACACAACCGCUUCUUUUCACCUUCCACAUUUGGACGCCCCACUUGAAGAGCUCUACUUUAACCGGCAGACCCAACAUGCCUGGUGUCCAUCGGUUGUGACUGGAGUUUGGCGGCAGCAUGCGUCCAUGGGCGGGCUCCUGGCGCUGGAUAGCGCUGGUCCUGCUGGCCUGGGGGACAUUGCUCUUUUAUAUCGGGGGACAUCUGGUGAGAGAAAACGAAGAUACACCACGCUCCAGCCGUGAGCUGGCGAAGAUCCUCACCAAGCUGGAGCGACUGAAACAGCAGAAUGAAGACCUGCGGCGCAUGGCUCAGUCACUACGGAUUCCGGAAGGACAGUCGGAUGGGCCAAUAUCAUCAGGAAGACUGCGGUCUCUUGAGGAACAGCUAAGCCGAGCCAAACAGAAGAUCCACAGCUUUCAGAGAUUAUCUGGAGAUGUUGGUCCGGGUCGAGAACAGGAGGAACUGCGGAGGAAGGUGGAGAACGGAGUGAAAGAGCUGUGGUAUUUUAUUCGCAGCGAGAUACAGAAGCUGAGUCACGUGGAGCCGUCAGACAGACAGAAACACACGGAGACGCUGCUGCAGGACCUCGGUCAUCAACAGAGAACCAUCAUGACGGACCUGCAGGAUCUCAGUCAGGCGGACGGAGCAGGAGACUGGAGAGAGAAGGAGGCCAGAGAUCUUUCCAGCCUGGUGCAGAACCGGAUCUCCUUCCUGCAGAACCCGCAGGACUGCAGUAAAGCUCGUAAGCUGGUGUGUAACAUCAAUAAGGGCUGUGGAUACGGCUGUCAGCUCCAUCACGUGGUUUACUGCUUCAUGAUCGCUUACGGCACGCAGAGAGUCCUGAUCCUCGAGUCCCACAACUGGCGUUACGCACCUAAAGGCUGGGAGACGGUCUUCCGGCCCGUCAGCGACACCUGCACGGAUCGAUCCGGAGCCACGACCGGACACUGGUCAGGUGAGGCUCACGACCGGGACGUUCAGGUGGUGGAGCUGCCCAUCGUGGACAGUCUUCACCCCAGACCUCCGUACCUCCCGCUCUCUAUCCCAGAAGACCUCGCUCCCCGACUGCAGCGUCUCCACGGCGACCCGUCCGUCUGGUGGGUGUCUCAGUUCGUCAAGUACCUGGUCCGUCCUCAGGCCUGGCUGGAGAAGGAGAUCCAGGAGACCUGUGUCAAACUGGGCUUUAAACACCCCAUCAUUGGUGUCCACGUCAGACGGACAGAUAAAGUUGGGACGGAGGCCGCGUUUCACCCCAUAGAGGAGUACAUGGUCCAUGUGGAGGAACAAUUCCAGUACAUGGCUCAACGUGGCCAGGUGGAUAAAAAACGAGUGUAUUUGGCCACCGACGACCCCUCGCUGUUACAGGAGGCAAAAACCAAGUACACAGACUAUGAGUUCAUCAGUGAUAACUCCAUCUCUUGGUCAGCGAGUUUACAUAACCGAUACACAGAGAAUUCACUCAGAGGCGUCAUCCUGGACAUCCACUUCCUGUCCCAGACUGACUUCCUGGUUUGCACCUUCUCCUCACAGGUGUGUCGUGUGGCGUAUGAGAUCAUGCAGACUCUUCAUUCGGACGCCUCGGCUUUCUUCCGCUCUUUGGACGACAUCUACUACUUCGGUGGACAGAACGCGCACAACCAAAUCGCCAUCUACCCGCACCAGGCACGCACGCCGGAGGACAUCCCAAUGGAGCCUGGAGAUGUCAUCGGAGUGGCCGGAAACCACUGGGAUGGCUACUCUAAAGGGGUCAACCGCAAACUGGGACGCACCGGCCUCUAUCCGUCCUAUAAAGUCAAGGAGAAGAUCGAGACGGUGAAGUAUCCCACUUACCCCGAAGCAGACAAGCUGCUGAGCUUAUAGGACAACACAUUAAUAAUUAACGCAUGGACGGCUGAACUUGCCAUGCACUGGAUAACAGACACUCAAAGAGAUGUAUGCGUGUGUGUAUUUAUAGGAUGGACGCACCUUUUUGGUUUGCAAAAGGAUCUCAUAAACUGCUGUGGACAUCAAGAGCCUUUUAAACAGCACUCAGAUCAGCAGAAGCUAAUGAUAAAAACUUUUUUUAAUUGUUUUAAUGUUUUUUUAAAUAUUCUCUUGCCUUUUUUGUCACUUUCUCUGUCCUCAAACUGGAGUGAAUCUCACAGAGGUCACAUUUCACCCACAAAAUCAAAAGUAAGAAAUUAUAUUUUGCAUUAGAAAAACGAAGCCUAUUUGAAUAUUUUGCAUUGACAUUCAUUUUCAUGAAGUACAAAAAAAGGUCUGGACUCUAAAAUAAUAUUUAUUAAUUUAAAGCAGGGGAUAAAAAUUAAUACAAACGUUUCAGCUUACUUUCAAUUAUUUUCAUCUUAUUUUAAUAAAUGUAUUUAUUUUUAUUAUAUUUAUUUAUAAUUUAUUUAUUAUUGCAUUUUGUUAGGUCUAUAAUAUAUGAUUAUAUAAUUAGAAAAAUAUUUUUUCGAUUCUUCUUUUUUAAUACUGUCUUUUACUUAAGCUGAUUAAAUUAAUCACAAACUCAAAGCAUUCUGAGACAAUGCAAAUGUAUUUAUUUAUUUAGUAUUUAUUUAUUAUAAUUGUCUAUAAAUUUAAAUGUAUAAUUAUGUUACAUUUAUUUAUAAUUAUAUAAUAUAAUUUUUGCAUGAUGGUAGUAUUUGAUAUACUGCUUUUUAUUUUUGCUGAUAUAAAUAAAAAAAUUAAAAAUCAUUGUUUAUACACAUUACAGUAAUGUAAAUUGCAGGGGGAAAAUGUGCUUAUUGUUAAAAAAAUGUCAAAACAAUUAAUGGUCCUAAAACAGGCCUCAUGCUCUUCAUGCAAAAUGUAAUUUCUAUAUUUCAUUCUUUUGAUUUAUUGGUGUAAUCUGAUUCACAUCUGUCAGACUUCACUCAUCACGCUGUGCUCUUAAGUUCUUUAUCUGUCUUCAGUCCGUAUAUCUGUGUUUAUGUGUGUGUUCACAAAGAUUGUUUGUGUGAUUUAUUUAUUAUGCAUCCACAGCGGUGCCUGAAAUUAAAGGAAAAAGCAUUACAGAACUUUAAUAUAUAUAUGAAUUCUUAAAUAGGUGUAACUUCACAGUGUACCAUGAUUAUCAAAUUACUCCUUGUUAGUGAACCCUAAAGCAUUUGGACAUUUUCCAAAAUAACAAAAAAAAUAAUAAAAUAAUUUGAAGUGUUAGAUUUAUAGCCAGAUUUUAGAUGUUAUGAUUUAUAAACAUGAUCUCAUUGGAGAUUCAUAAGUAUUGUUAUGUAAAGUGACUCUACACAUUUUUACAAUUGCACAGAUAAAUACAUUACAACAUUACACGUAAAUGUUUUCGUGCAUGACCUGAUAUAAUGUGCACAUUGAAUGCAAUGCAAGUUGCUUUGGAUAAAACAAAUUUAAUAUAAAAAUAAUUUAACAUAAAUACAAUUUUAGUUCAAAGGUCAAAAUUGCAAAUGUACUUUACACACAAAUACUUAUGAAAACUAAUGAGAUCACUCUAGAAUCAAAAGGUUACAAAGUGGAAUUAACCAAAUAAUUUUUGGUUUAAUGUUCAUUUAGCAUUUUUUUCUUUAAAUAUGAGACUAUAACCCCCAGGAAUUAAUUGUGUUUUUGCAUCGUAUGGAGAAAUGGAUGUGAUUGAAAAGUCACUGUAGGUUAAAGGCUUUGCUGAUGUGUUAGAAACAUUAAUGGUUAUUGUUGCUGCGAUUACAAACUGAUGAUUUAAAAAUGACUAGAUGCUCUUUAGAAAUGGUUUCUGAAUGAAGCUGAAGGCAUAACCAAAAGUUCUUUCAGCUUUCAUCAUUUCUUUAUUUUUAUUGACACGAUUUGUCUGUUUAUUUGCUGCUUUCAACUCUGAAAUGAACUCGGAGUUUAACUUUCUUUUGUAAUGAAGGCAAAUAAUGUUCACUUUGUCUGCGAGACCUUUUUCACUUAUUGUUUUUGGGUUUUGUCUUCUAUAAACCCACUGAUCGAUUAAAGUGGAGAAAUCUGA